CGGGUCCUUCCACAAAGCCGAAGCCGAUUAGUAACAGUUUGCACUCUAGAAAUACUAUUUAUUACAUAUAUACUGCUCGCGAUCGAAUCCUUCAGGUCAAGGUGGAAAUUGUGAACUAGGUCAUUCCUCAUUAAUAUAUAUGAUAUGGAAAUCGAUCAUCGGAACAGAAAACCUGCUCCUUUAAACAUAAUGACCAACUCUCCCAGCACAGACGUCGAGCUUCUGGUGGUUGGAGGUGGUAUUGCCGGGCUGACUUUCGCUAUCAGCGCUCAGCUUCUCGGUUUUAGCAUCCGUAUCGUGGAGAAACGGCAGUCCUUUGACGAUUUUGGUGACAUAUUGGUACUGCAGCCAUCUUGCGUUCGUCCACUUCAGCGUUGGCCGGGAUUCUGGGAUCGAUUGAAGAGAGUUGAGGUAGCGAAGAAAACACACGUGUACAAAUACGACAGAACAUUCAUUUUAGAAGCACCCUACACUUCAGAUAAUGGCGAUGUCGAAGGUAUUGCUGUGCAUCGUAACGAAUUCCACAGAGUGCUAUAUGAAUACGCCUCUGAGAUCGGUCUCGAAAUUGAGUUUGGAAAGACAAUCCUGCGUUAUUUCGAGGAUGUACACAAGGGAUCCGUCCUUCUAGCGGAUGGUACCAUGAUCGCGGCUGAUAUCGUGGUGGCUGCUGAUGGAGUUGGUUCGAGCUCCUGGGAGCUGGUGCUGGAGGAGAAAGCGCAUGCAGUCAGCAGCGGCUUUGCAGUUUAUCGAUCAGGCUUUCCAACCGCUGUCGGGUUAGAGAAUCCUAUCAUCAAGCAGUUUGAUGAAAGUCUUGGAGGGGAGGGAUGGGUGGUCGGUUUCAUUGGACCCAACGCCCAUAUUGUGAUUUCGAGAUCACAGACCAAAAUCGGCUGGCUACUGACGCAUAAGGAUACGAAAGACGCGACCGAGGAUUGGGACGCACUGGCAUCUGUCGAUGAUGUUCUCCCGUGGAUAACAGGAUGGAACGAAUUCGUUACAGAGAUUAUCCACGUCUCCGCCGCCUAUAAGAUUACGGACUGGAAACUGAUGUGGAGGGACCCCCAGUCUAAGUGGUCCUCUCCCCUGGCUCGUGUGGUUCAAAUUGGCGACGCUGCCCACUCCUUCUUGCCAACAUCUGGAUAUGGCGCCUCUAUGGCAAUGGAAGAUGCUUAUUCGCUAUGUCAGUGCAUUCAACGGGAACAGAAAGCUCGACUUCCUCUCGCAGUCCAAGUUCAUAAUAUUCUGAGAUUCGAGCGAGUAUCUUGUGCGCAAAAGGUCGGGUUCAAGAAUCGUGAGGUUUUUCAUAAGACUGAUUGGGCGGCUGUAUCUAUCAACCCAAAGAUUCUGAGACGAAACUGGGCUCCUUGGCUCCUUGAUCAUGAUCCUGAGGCAUACACCGAACUCAAAUAUGAUGCCUGCGUGAAACAUAUACUGGAGAAAUCACCUUUCAAAAAUACGAACUCUGUGCCGGGUUACGAGUACAAAUCAUGGACAGUGCAGGGAUUUUUAGAAGCGUCUGAAGCAGGCGAGCUUCCUGAGGAUGCUGGCGAAUGGUACUGAUUUUGGUUUCCGAGGAGGCGGUGUUUAUACUGAAUUGGUGUUUUUGUCUAGAGUUUUGUAUUAGUCUAUUGUAUGUUAAAUACUACCUUGGCUCAACUUAAUGAUCUAUAAAGCUCUAAUGGCU